AUGGCUAUUUGGCAGGCACACAUUAAACCCGUGGGCAAGGGUGGUGCCUUCAACUCAAAGUCUUCAUGGCAGACACCAGUUAAAGGUGCCGACAAAGGUGGCAAGGGCGGCGGCAUGAUGAAUACCAUGGGCAAAGGUGGCAAGGGUGGUGGUGCUAAGGGCCCUUUGAUGAUGAUGGCGGCCCUGAUGAAAGGCAUGAAGGGCAAAGGCAAGGGCAAGGGCAAGGGGAAGAAUACAUCUCGAGGGAAAGGCCAUACUCUUCCAAGAGAAAGAGUCUCAGAGACUCCUAUGAUUGGAGAGGUCUUGGAGUGGAAGGGGAAGUAUGGUUGGAUAAAGCCUCAGGAGCCCAUUGAGCACGAAAAGGCCAGCAGGCAUGGUGGCAAGCUUUUUGUGAGCCAGGCGGACCUGGUAGGCGUCACUGAGCUGUCAAGUGGCCGGCUCGUGCAGUUUCAGUUGUUUGAGGACUCGUCUGGCCUUGGGGCAGAAGAAGUGCUCCAAGCGUGA